AUGGCGGCGGGGGGCGGCGGCGGCGGCCGGGGGGGCAGCAGCAGCGGCGGCGGCGGGCCCAGGAUGGGGGGCAGGAUGGGGGGAGCGGCGCCCCCCGCCUCGGAGAAGCUCCCCGUCCACGUAAGUCCGGGGGGAGGAGGCCACCCCCCAAACCAGAGGAGUGGGGCCUUGAACACCCCCCCCCACACAAAAAGGACACCCCCCAAUAUGGGGUGGGGUCUCCCUGUCCCCCCUUCCUGCAAAGGGGGGGCUGAAUAGGCACAGAGACCCCCCACUCUCUGCCCUCCUGCAGCUCUUGCUAGGGAAAAGACAACCCCCCCACCCCACACACAGGAGUGGGGCCUUGAACACCCCCCCACAAAAAAGACACCCCCAAUAUGGGGUGGGGUCCCCCUUUCCUGCAAGGGGGGCUGAAUAGGCACAGAAACCCCCCCCCACUCUCUGCCCUCCUGCAGCUCUUGCUAGGGAAAAGACAACCCCCCAAACCAGAGGAGUGGGGCUUUUAACACCCCCCACGCAAAAAAGACGCCCCCCCAAUGUGGGGUGGGAGUGGGGUCUCCCUCUUGGGUGUCCCCCCUUCCUGCAAGGGGGGCUGAAUAGGCACAGAGACCCCCCCACCCUCUGCCCUCCUGCAGCUCUUGCUAGGGAAAAGACACCCCCCCCCAAAAGGAAGUCUGCAUUGUCAGGCAUUGGCAGGGAAAGACCUGGACACCAAAAUCCACCCCCCCCCAAAAAAAAGGAAAGGAAAAGGGGAAUGUUUCCUGAGCUCUCCUCCUUUGCGGGGGGGGGGGGGAGAUAAGAAUGAGUUUUUUACGCUCUCUUCUCCAUGCAGGGAGAAGUUUGCAAAUAGGUCUGGACCACCGGCACGUAGCUUGGGGUUUUUGUUUUAAUCAGGCAAUUUUGGGAUUUUAUUUGGUGGGUUUGCAGGGUCGGCUGCCCUGAGUUUCAUCAUCAUCAUCAUCUUCUUCUUUUUCUUCUUCUUCUUCCUGGAUGCAUGCCUUAGAUGAGCCCCCACCCCAUAAUAAUAAUAAUUAUUAUUAUUAAUAGCUGCAUGCCUUAUGACCCCAUCCAAUGGAGUAUACUAUGAUUAUUAUCAUUAUUGUUAUUGCUAUGAUCAAUAAUAGCUGCAUGCAUUAGACCACCCCACCCCCAUUGAGUAUCUUCUUCUUCUUCUUGGAUGCAUGCAUUAGAUGAGUGUCCCCCCCCCCCAUUGAGUAUAUUAUUAUUAAUAGCUGCAUGCCUUAGAUGACCCCAUGCAUUUGAGUAUAUUAUGGUGAUGAUUAUUAUUGUUAUGAUCAAGAAUAGCUGCAUGCAUUAGAUUAACCCCAUUGCAGACUUCCUUGCAAAAAGCCCCUUUGCUUUCUUCGCCAACCACCCCCUCCAUUUCCUUUGCGUUAUUAUAUUGUUGUAAACACCCCCAGCCUAAUACUUUCCCCCCUCUCCUGUUUUUUCUUUCCAAAUAAUAAUAAUAAUAAUAAUAAUAAUAAAAAAUAGCUGCAUGCCUUAGACCAACUCCAUUGCAGACUUCCUUGCAAAACUCCCUUUUGCUUUCCCCCCCCCCAAACAACCCCCCUUCCAUUACAUUGCUGUAUGGAAACACCCCCUCCCUAACACUCCCCCCUCUCCAGUUUUUCGUUUCCACCCCCUAAUAAUAAUAAUAAUAAUAAUUGUUAUUAUUAUAUGCCGCCCAUCUGACUGGGUUGCCGUAGCCCCUCUGGGCGGCUUCGAGCAAAUUACAAAACGUUAAAACAUCAGACGUUGAAAGCUUCCCUAAUGCACCCCAAUCCCUUUUCGGUAGGUAAACGUGUGGCUGUGUUUAUCUAACAGAGGUAGAAUCACAGAAUGAUCAAUUUGCAAGGGACCCCUGAGGGUCAUCCAGCCCAACCCCCUGCAACGCAGGAAACUUUUGCCGAACUCGGGACUCAAACCCACAACCCUUAGAUUGAGAGUCUCUUGUGAAGCCUUCGCACUCGCCUCUUUCUUUCUCCUUGCUCCCCAACCCUCUCCUGUUGCUUUGCGUUAUGGAGAAUGCAACCCUCCUUUCUUUGCCUCCCCCCAAGUUCCUUUACAUUGCUUUGCAUCCAACGUUCUACUCGAGGUAGACCCCCUGAAAUUAAUGGAACCAAGCAAGUUAUGCCCAUUAAUUUCUCUUGAGUAUGUAUUAAGUCGUUUCGGAUGCAACCCGAAUUAUGUAUAUACCCGCAUUAAAGGGCACUCAUUCGCGAAGCUUCCAGCAAAACCACUUGGAAAUUUAGCUUUCAAGUAAUAAUAAUAAAAGGGGGGAUAUCUUUAAUUAAAUAUGGCUAAAUGUUGUGUCCAUGCAUACGUGGAAUUAUUUCAAUUCAUUCCUGUAGGGAGAACUCGGUGUUUGAAACAGCUGAUGGGGACGUAUCGUGGUUGUUGCUGUUAAACAUAUACAGCAAACCUAUAAUUUAUGUGGGGAGUUGCGUUCUGGGGGGGUCAGGCCCCAAGCCGAAACGGCAAAUAGUCAGGAUGCAUUGGGGUUCAGGAGUGGCUGGGAUUGUUGAUUUUAUUCUGAUUCUGUAUUUUGUGGUUUCCUAGUCUGAUUUUAUUCUGUGAUCCUCCCCGAGACCUGUGGGAAUAAUAAUAAUAAUAAUAAUAAUAAUAAUAAUAAUAAUAUCAUCUCCCCUCCCCUGGAAACCUACCCAUUUUCCACCCCACCUUUUAAUUGUUUUGUAGUUUUGCGUUUUUAAAAUUGCGCAUAUAGCUGAAUCAUGCACAAGUCGAACGUGCGUCAGUUGCGGGAUUUAGCGUUUAAAACGUUUGGUUUACCCCCAAUCGUCUUUUUCCGUAUCGCAAACCCCCUCUGAAGGCCUGGCCCCACUUUCCUGGGAGUAAGCCCCACUGAUCUUAGUAGGACCUGCCGCAGAGUAGGCGCGGCUGCUGCCGAGCCGCAAGAACGCUGAUCCGGGUAAAUGCAUUUGCCAGAGAAGCGAUCCCGGACCGUAAAGAAUAAGAGAUUUUCAGCUUAAUGCGCAUAGAUAUAUUUCCUCCCCCCCCCCUCAAAAUGCAGAUGUAGCUGCAGAGAGCGGACCGCUUUCUCUGCCAGCUUCUUGCACGUUUGAUCUGGAUUACUUCCAGACCGAUCCUGCAAGCACUUACUCAGCAGUCUGCGGCCGCCAUAGAGGGGGCUGGCUUGGCGAGGAUUUGGGGGUGAGGAUUUGCAGCCUCGUCAGAGGGGGUCUUGGGGGGCAAGAGGCAGGUUCGGUUUGGGGCUCCCCCGGGAAGGGGGAGCUGAAGCCUAGCAGGCAGAAGGGGCUGCGUUUCGGGGUCUCCAAACACAUAAAAGGGGGCAGCCACCCCACAGCCCUGUUUGAAAGCAGAGGCUGCUCUCUCCCCGAAUCCCUGCAGGGCCUGCAAGACAGAGCUGUUGCCCCAGGCCUUUGGCCAGUCUGACCCCCUCCUUCUGCAAUCCUCAUAGCACUCUCGCCCAAUGGUUGCCAUUAAAUUGAUUCUGAAUUGAUUUGAGAAUGUAUUUCAAUUACCGUAUUUUUUCCUCUAUAAGACUCACUUUCCCCCCCCCUAAAAAGUAAAGGGGAAUGUGUGUGCGUCUUAUGGAGCGAAUGCAGGCUGCACAGCUAUCCCAGAAGCCAGAACAGCAAGAGGGAUUGCUGCUUUCACUGCGCAGCAGUUCUGUUCUGGCUUCUGAGAUUCAGAAUAAUUUCUUUCUUGUUUUCCUCCUCCAAAAACUAGGUGCGUCUUAUGGUCUGGUGCGUCUUACUGAGCGGAAAAUACGGAAAAUUGAUUGUGAUUUUAUGUAAACUGUGUUAUUUUUACUGUGGUUAGCCGCUCUGAGCCCGGCUUCGGCUGGGGAGGGCGGGAUAUAAAUCAAAUGUUAUUAUUAUUAUUAUUAUUCGGGCAUGGGUACCGGGAGACGCCGUUGGCGGCUGAACCCGCACCCAGAGCCUCUGAGCCACAGCGACCCACGGAGCCCGGUUCCUUGCCACGGGUGGGGCUGGCUGUCAGCGGGGCAGCCGCCUCUGCGCUCCCGGGCCCACGGAGGUCAGGGGCCCUCGAUGCCUUCCCCUAAAAUAAUUCUCCCGCAGGUCGAAGAUGCCCUCUCUUACCUGGACCAGGUGAAGAUCCGCUUUGGCAGCGACCCAGCCACCUACAACGGAUUCCUGGAGAUCAUGAAGGAGUUCAAAAGCCAGAGGUAACGGGUUCGGAGGGGGUCUGGGCCCCUCUCCCCAUCUUUACGCAGCCCCCCAACCCACGAAGCGCCCCGGCCGGCGGCGGAUUAAUUUUUCCCCAGUGCUACCUUGGAACGUUUUAUUUACUUUAUUUAAAUUUUUCUUUUUUACCAGCAACAAAACACAGUGAACCACGCCCCGCCCCCAGGCGGCUGAUACAUUGGGUAUACAUAAUCAAUAAUAACAUAUUCAUAAAUCCGGCGCUGGAUUUUUAAACCAAAGGGCGGAAACGAGGGGAACGGGAAUUGCACCCGAAUCGGGGGACCCGGCCUCUUCGUUGCCCAUCGAACACCCCCCAAAAUCUCCCUCCCACCCUCAUUUUGGGUCCUGCCUUGUUCCUAUCCAGGGUGGAUUGGAUUUAAAUCAAAUCGUUAGUCAGUAAGGCUCGAUUGAAAUCAUUAUUUUCUUUACAGAAAGACUUCAUUCUUGCUGGCACCGUCUUAAUAUUUACAGAUGAAGUUUUCGUUUUUGGGAUAAUCGAUUUUCAGAGUCGUUUUUACAGCUCUGUCAAAAAUGACCGAUUUGGUUGUACUAUCAGAAAUAAAUAGACAGAUAAUUAUGAAAUUACUGGGAGGUGUAAUAAGUUAACUCAGUGCUUUUUUUCCUAAAAAAAAUGUUCAGGGGUACUCUCAUUUUCCAACUAUUGAAAUACUGCCCCUCAAUGAGGCCAAACUUAGAUUCACAAAAUGUUUAGGGGUAUACGUCCCCCCCCCCAGGAAAAAAAACCCACUGAGUUAACUGUGUACAUUUGGACAACUUUUCUGCUGUACUUUAUUGGAAGGAGAAAAACAAUCAUCUCCUUAAUAGCAAUUUAGACAAUUUGUUUAACUAAAACAAUGACGUUGUAGCGUAUGUAUCCAUGUUUGCGAACUGAUGUGGCUAAACAAUUAAAAAAACAACAACGUGAAAAACUUAAAACAAAUCCUUAUUUCCUGACGAAUAGCCUUUGGACUAUAAUGUAACUUGGAAGAGAAAGCCUUUAGAAACGUUUUUCCUCCAAAAGCAUUUUAUUUUAAAAAUCUGAUUUAAAUAAAAAAAAUAAAAAUGGUUUAUUUUAUUUUUUUAAAAAACCCUUGAUUGUUGUUAUACCCCCUUGUCUUCAGCAUUGACACCCCCGGUGUCAUCCGCCGCGUCUCGCAGCUGUUCCAUGAGCACCCCGACCUCAUCAUCGGCUUCAACGCCUUCCUGCCUUUGGGCUACCGGAUCGAGAUCCCCAAGAACGGGAAACUGAGCAUCCAGGCGCCUCUGGCCGGCCAGGUUAGACCAGGGAGCAGGCUUGGGGUUUUUUUUUGACCAUAUCCACUCAUUCCUACUGGGAGAUUUAUUCCCUCCCACCCACCCCCUUUUGAAAAAGACAUUUUUUAUUCAGUUUUACACUACACAUUUGAAUUCAAGCAGCAGACUUAAUCGUCAGCAUUCCCUGGAUCUUUAGACUUCCCUCUGCCUUUCCGUGGUUAACCAUUUUCAGUCUUUUAUAAUGAUAUUAAUAAUCAUAAAUUUUAUUUAUACCCCGCCCUCCCCGGUCAGAGCCGGGCUCAGGGCGGCUAACACCAAUAAAAUCACAGUAAAAACAUAAUAGGGGGGAAAGGGGAGGGGGAAGAAAAGGAAAAAAAACCAAUUUAAAAUGCAGGUUAAGAUACAAUUUAAAAUGCAGCCUCGUUUUAAAGUAGCUGAUAAAUCAAGACCAUAAGGGGAGGGAAACAUAAGGGUCAGACCGAGUCCAAACUAAAGUCAGAAAAGGUUUGCUGACCCCUGGUCUCAGCGCAGGAUGAGGAGCAGCUGGCAGAGGAAGGGGCAGGUGGCCACAAGAGUUUCAUCAUCAUCAUCAUCAUCAUCACCAUCAUCAACUUUUAUUUAUAUCCUGCCCUCCCCAGCCAAAGUCGGGCUCAGGGUGGCGAACAUCAGACACAUAACGUUCGUAUAAAAUGAAACAAUAAUUAAAUUCACUCCGAAAAACAGGUCCAAAUCAAAUAGAAGGGACUUUGGGGUCGUCUAGCUUGCCCCCCCUCCCCGCAACACGGGAGCAAGGCAACGAGGACCACCCAGGCGGAAGGGCAGAUGCUUUCACACACAACCUAUGUUCAGCCGCCGCUGACCCCCAACUCCCUCUCUCUGCCUAGGUGUCCCUGGACCCCGUCCAAAGCCCCCUCUCGGGCUCCGGCCUCAUCCUGCACUACUGCCAGGAGAACGCCCACAACCACGGCGACUGCCCGGAGGACUUCUGCCACCAGCAGCCCCACCAGCAGCAGCAGCAACAGCAGCCCUGCAAGGACGACUGCCGGCUGCAGGUGCCUCUGGAGUCGGACUCGGUGGAGUUCAACAACGCCAUCAGCUACGUCAACAAGAUCAAGACCCGCUUCCUGGACCACCCCGAGAUCUACCGGUCUUUCCUGGAGAUCCUUCACACCUACCAGGUGAAAGGUCUCCUCUCUCCCCACGGCGUUCCGGGGUCAGGAAACAAAAAACCCAAAAUAUAACUCUGGUUGGUGUGCGUGGUGUGGGCUGUGGGUUGCCUCACCCGACCUCGAAAUAAGCUUCCACCAUUUUAUUUUAGGUUAGGUUUAGGUUUAGUUUUUAGUUUAGUGUUUAGUUUAGUGUUUAGUUUAGUGUUUAGUUUAGUGUUUAGUUUAGUGUUUAGUUUAGUGUUUAGUUUUUCAUUUCCACAGCAAACAUUACACACCAAAAGGAAAACGAAAGAUAAACUAAUCUUACAUUAGAUAUUCUUAGACGUAAGAUAGUUACAGUGGUGCCUCGCAAGACGAAAUUAAUUCGUUCUGUGAGUUUUUUCGUCUUGCGAUUUUUUCGUCUUGCGAAGCACGGUUUUAACGGUAUUAGCGGUUUUAAGAAAAAGGAAACAAACUCGCAAGACGUUUUCGUCUUGCGAAGCAAGCCCAUAGGGAAAUUCGUCUUGCGAAGCAACUCAAAAAACGAAAAACUCUUUCGUCUUGCGAGUUUUUCAUUUUGCGAGGCUUUCGUCUUGCGAGGUACCACUGUAUUACAAUAUACGUAAUGUUCAAGAAAUCAAGGGUAAACGUGUAUCGUAUGAAAGAAAUAAAAGGAGAGAGAGAAAAGAAAGAGAAGAGGGGGAAAAGAGGAAUAAAGAAAAAUGCACGACGACAAAACCGAAAAAUGAACAAAACUAAAACUACCUACCGAACAAAAAGCAAUGCUUAGUUAAUUCAAACCAGUACCAGGGUAUUCUGGUCAUAAAGCCCCAUCCCUCAAUGCUGACCUCUUUCUCCCUCCCUCUCUCACUUCUCAGAAAGAACAGCUGAGCACCAAAGGCCGCCCCUUCCGGGGCAUGUCGGAGGAGGAGGUCUUCACCGAAGUGGCCCACCUCUUCCGGGGCCAAGAGGACCUGCUCUCCGAAUUUGGCCAGUUCCUCCCCGAGGCAAAGAGGUCUCUGGUACGUGGCAGGAGGGGGGGCACCGGCGGCCGGGAAACCCCUCUGAGAACACGGGGUUUUCCUGGGAGAUGCUGUCGGGGACAGAGCCUGGGACCCCCUCCCUGCAAAGGAGCGGGGUGUCCCCCUGCUGCUGCCCCUCGUCCCUCUCUCCUUCCUCCUUCGCCUGCUCGCUGAGGCUCCCCCAUCUUUCUCCGCAGUUCACGGGGAACGGGCCCUGCAACGCCAACAACAUCUCCAAACUUGAGCAUGAGAAGCACGUGGAGCACAGUAAGAAACGUUCCAGGUCCCUGUUGCUUCGACCCGUGCCCGGCCCGGCCAAGGUAUCCGACCCGGACGCGGAGGCGGGUGGGCUGGAGGGGUGGGGGGGAGACAGAGGAGCCCGCCGGGGGCUCUGGUCGGCCGCGGGGGGUUCGACGCGUUGUUUCCGGGGGAGCCCGGCGGGUUUUGGCGGCGUCCGCUCAGGGCGGGCUCCUGAGGAGCGCCGAGCCCCGCUUGCAAAACACGGAAGCGUGCUCGUGCGAGCAGCCCACAUAUACGUGCGUGUUGUCUUCCGCCCCCCCUGCAGAAGAAGAUGAAGCUUCGGGGGACGAAGGACCUCUCGGUGGCGGCGGUGGGCAAGUACGGCAGCCUACAGGAGUUCUCCUUCUUCGACAAGGUGGGCCGUCCGGCACAGAGGCCGGGUGUGUGUGAAAUUUCAGAUUUAGAUUUCUGUGGAAAUGGUUUCCCGUUUGGUUAUGUAUUUUUUUUAUGUGGUUUAUUUAUUGUUUAUGACUUUCAUAAUUGCGCACCGUAUAUUUCGCUCUAUAAGACGCACAAGACGCACCUAGUUUUUGGAGGAGGAAAACAAGAAAGUAAAUAUUCUGAAUCUCAGAAUUCAGAACAGCAAGAGGGAUCGCUGCGCAGCGAAAGCAGCAAUCCCUCUUGCUGUUCUGGCUUCUGGGAUAGCUGCGCAGCCUGCAUUCGCUCCAUAAGACACACACACAUUUCCCCUUACUUUUUAGGAGGGGAAAAGUGUGUCUUAUAGAGCAAAAAAUAUGGUAAUUAACUUGUCAUGCUGCAAGCUGCCUUGAGCGUUGUUUUUUUAAUUGUGGAAAGGUGGCCUAGAAAUAAAAAAUGAUGAUGCUGAUGAUAAGGCAUGUGGGGGCACAGCGGAGGGCCCCUGAACCUCCAACCUGCAUAACUCUGCCAAAGGAGGGGGGGCAGACAGGCCUUUCCUCCCUGAGACCCCAGAGCAGUCGGUCAGGACGGGGGGGGGGGUCCUUUCGCAGCCCUGCCUGGAGCAAAGCAGAACCAUUUGCCAGGGACGCUCCUGUUGCGGAUCCUGCAUGGCUGGGGACAGGCCUAGGGGUCCCUCCUGCCUCUGCAAGCGGGUGCUCUAACCACUGAGCUGCCCAGCCCUGAGUUGCCCCCUCCCAUCCGCUCAGGUUCGGCGAGUCCUGAAGAGCCAGGAGGUGUACGAGAACUUCCUCCGGUGCAUCACUCUCUUCAACCAGGAGCUGGUCUCAGGCUCCGAGCUUCUCCAGCUGGUCACCCCCUUUCUGGGGUAAGUGGGGGGCUGCGUUGAGUUGGGGGGCUGCCGGAGGGUCCUCCAUCUCCCUUGGGGAAAAGGCAGGCAGGGGCUAAUCCCGGUAGCCAGGCAGAAGCAGACAGCUUCCUCUUGGUUGACUUGGUGAGGAAGGAAAUCUCUCCCAGAGUUUCCAGUUUCCUUGUCGCUUGGGUUUACGCAUAGCUUUUCACAUGGGAAAGCGACGUCUCAAAGCAAAUUUACACAGAGCCUAGGGCUUGCCGAUCAGAAGGUCGGCGGUUCGAAUCCCCGCAAUGACGGGGUGAGCUCCCGUUGCUCAGUCCCAGCUCCUGCCAACCUAGCAGUUUGAAAGCACCUCAAAGUGCAAGUAGAUAAAUAGGUCCCUGCCUUCUCUGGUUCUUCACCAAAACAUCAGCUCAGCUGCACAUAAAACACCCCAGAUUUUUGUUCUCCCUUCUCCCCCAUGCACACUUUUGACAAGUAACAAUUCUGCCCCUCAGUUAAGAAACCUUGCAUUCAUUCCUGUCCCUCAUGAGUUUCUUUAGCAGAGUCUGCAGGCAAAGCAUUGCCAGUUCGCUGCCCGUUGGCUGCGCCUUCCCCGAGUUUUCCGAUUCGAAUCCCCGCCGCACCUCCAAGGGGCCCUGCCGCUCGCAGCCCACCUUUCCCCUCCUUCCCCGCAGGAAAUUCCCGGAGCUCUUUGCUCAGUUCAAGUCGUUCCUGGGCGUGAAGGAGCUGUCCUUCGCCUCCCCAAUGGCGGACCGCUCUGGGGACGGCGUCUGCCGCGAGAUCGACUACGCCUCCUGCAAGCGCAUCGGCUCCAGCUAUCGGGCACUGCCCAAGACCUAUCAGCAGCCCAAGUGCAGCGGGAGGACGGCCAUUUGCAAAGAGGUAGGCCGCGGGCGGUCGGCAGAAGGAAGGCGGCGGCGGUGGGGCGUCUCGGCAACUCCCCUGGACUGAGGGCGCCCCCUCUCGCCCCCGCAGGUGCUGAACGACACCUGGGUCUCCUUCCCCUCCUGGUCGGAGGACUCCACCUUCGUCAGCUCCAAGAAGACUCCCUACGAGGAGCAGCUGCACCGAUGCGAGGAUGAACGCUUUGAGGUGGGUGCCCCCGGCGAUGUGGGCAGGCUCGGGGCCCCUGCUUGGGGGGCGGAGGGCCCCAGGUCCUUCCUCAAGGCUGGCUCAGUCCUGGGGGCUGUCAGGCUUCAGGGAAACCGCUUCCACUUUGGCCGUGCAUAACCUUUCAAAGCCCUAAACAGCCUUGGCCCCGUAUCCCUGAAGGAGCGUCUCCACCCGGACACCGGGGUCCAUCUCUGAAGGUCUUCUGGCGGUUCCCUCAGUGCAAGAAGUGAGGUCACAGGGUACCAGGCAGAGGGCCUUCUCGGUGGUGGCGCCCACCCUGUGGAACGCCCUCCCACCAGAUGUCAAGGAAAUAAACAACUGUCUGACAUUUAGAAGACAUCUGAAGGCAGCCCUAUUUAGGGAAGUUUUUAAUGUUUGAAGUUUUAUUCUGUUUUUAGUGUUCUGUUGGGAGCCGCCCAGAGUGGCUGGGGAAACCCAGCCAGAUGGGCAGGGUAUAAAUAUUAUUAUUCUUGUUAUUGUUAUUAUUACCACCAAAGCAAUUAUUGCCCCUUGCCAUUUUAAGAGUGUUUAAUGAUCACAGCAAAAGAACAACGCAGCCAUUCUCGAGGUGAAGGCACUCUCAAUUAAGCUUCCCUCCUACUUCCUCCAGAGUCAUGGAACAUUCUUUCCAUCUUGAGCAUGCAAAUUCUUUGCAUGCAAUAUUCCUUCCCUCUUUGAGCGUGCAAUAUUCUUUCCCUCUUUGAGCGUGCAAUAGUCUUGCUGCCGCCGCCAAAUACGUAAACAAACCAACUCUUUCGCUAUAUCCGUUUCCAUAAAACUUCCCUACAACUUUAGUUCUAAACGCAGCAUAAGGAGUCUCUAUAGUAUAUUGUAUUUUAAAAUGGGGUUUUUAGGGGGUUUUGUAUGUUUUAUGUAGUUUUUCAAUUUCAUUGUUCUGCAUGGGACAAUGACAAUAAAGAUCUCGUAUAUCGUAAAAAGAAAAUAUCCGGGUCAUGGGGAGGGGGUGUUUGACGCCACCUUGAAACACCUUUUGUUAUCUCAUUAUCCUGGGGCGUCUGGGGUCUCCACGAGGGCAGGGAGCCCCGAAGCUUGUUUUUCUCCCCGGCGCUCCUGACGGGGGGAGCCGGGUCGUGGUGUGCCCCCCCGUUUCUCACGUUGCUCGCUCUUCCCCGCCCAGCUGGACGUGGUCCUGGAGACGAACCUGGCCACGAUCCGGGUGCUGGAGAGCGUGCAGAAGAAGCUGAGCCGCAUGUCGCUGGAGGACCAGGAGAAAUUCCGCCUGGACGACUGCCUGGGGGGCACCUCCGAGGUCAUCCAGCGGCGCGCCAUCUACCGCAUCUACGGCGACAAGGCGCCUGAGAUCAUCGAGAGCCUCAAAAAGAACCCACUCUCGGCCGUCCCCAUCGUCCUCAAGAGGUGAGCCGCUCCCCUUCCAAAAACGACAGAAGCGAUAAGUCAAUAGAUCCUAUUUUUUAAAAAAGAGUGGGAAUGUUUCAGCAAUUGCUUAAGGCAGGGGUCUGCAACCUUUAAGACCCGUUUCCGAAGGGGAAAAAACUGGGAGCCGCAAAACUCGUUGUCAGGGGUUCAGGGAGAGAGGCACAGGGUAGGCAGGAGAUGGAGAGCGAGGGGGAGGAAUUCCAAGCCAGCGAGGAAGAGGAUGACAAUGACUCAAGGGAUUCCAUGAGUCUUUCCAGCGAAUCAGAGGAUUCCCAGAAGGGGGCGCCGGUGGUCAAGGCCAGGGGAGCCCCAGGGGGGACGUGUCAGGAGCAGGGUGCUAGCGGAAGAUCCCAAAGUGGCAGCUGGGCGUCAGGACCAGCCUCCCCACCAGAGUGCAGCGAAGGGGGUGGAGUUUCCAGUGUGUCAGAGGAAGCAGCUCCAGCAGCAGAGAAAGGAGGGAGGUCAGAGCAAGCCGCCCUUCCGGAAGGGGAGGGGAGUAGUGAAGGGAGUAGUGUAACUGUCAAAAGGAAAGUUAGAGGUUUGGCGCGCGCGCCUAGUUCAAAUGUAGAGGCGCGCGGAAGUGCAGGGAGCCCGGAGGAGGGGCCAGGUCCCAAAGCCCGCAGGAGGGGGGAAGAGCAGUCUGAUUCCACGUCAGAGGAAUCCAGGAGGGGCGAAACCCCAGCGGGCAGAAGGACCCUGCGGAAAAGGAAGGAGAGAAAGAGGUGGAGCAGCGCAAGUCUCUUAAAUUGGUGCAGAGGAGGAACUGACUCAGAGGGGACUUCGGCGGUCUAGCGUAAGAGACGUAAGGCUGCGCGCCUAGGAUGUCAAGCAAACCAUGAACUGCAAUAAACACUUUUGUAUAUAAGAAGACAGAGGCGUUGGUCUUUUGUGAGCUAAGACUUGAGGCAGCCUUGACACUCGUCAUUAUAAAAAUAACUUUUUUGUCACUUUUUUAUUAUUUCUUUGUUUGACCCCUCAGAAUUACUCCUCCUCAUAGAAAUAAACGUUAAAUUAACAAGUUACCUUUUUGUGUGUGUGUGUGCUUCACUCCCCUUCAAAACAGUGACCAGCGUACAUGCCCCUUACAAUGUAGCGGGCGGGCGGGAAGGUGACGUCGGGACGGUGCGUGACUAACGCACGCACCGCCCCCAUGCGACGUCACAGCCAGUACAGCGCCCGCCACAGUGGGGAGUGUCGGGGCGCACAAUGCGCCUCCUCCCCUCGCUAGUAUCCGCCCCGGAGCCGCGGCAAAGGUGUAAAAGAGCCACGUGCGGCUCCGGAUCCGCGGGUUGCAGACCCCUGGACUAAGGAAACAAGGUUCCACCUCUAAGAUUUGGUUGUGUUUGGAAUACAGUAGUACCUCAGCUUACAUACGCUUCAGGUUACAGACCCCACUAACCCAGAAAUAGUACCUCGGGUUAAGAACUUUGCUUCAGGGUGAGAACAGAAAUAGCGCAGCAACGGGAAGCCCCAUUAGCUAAAGUGGUGCUUCAGGUUAAGAACAGUUUCAGGUUAAGAACAGACCUCCGGAAUGAAUUAAGUACUUAACCCGAGGUAGCACUGUAACUCUGUAAAUAGGGAUACGUCGUUUCCGCAUACCAAGACGAGGAGAAAAUAUUAAAUACAGGGGAAUUUUUUUAGUAAGGUGAAACGAACCGUUACAAGGUAGAUGGAAGUCUACCACAUCACAAUAAAUAAAGGAUAAGAGAUUCAAUUUAUAUGUAAACGUAUAUAUGAGAAAGGCCACAAGAGCGCUGAAUCAUAUUGAAUUGGACAAUGCAGAUUGAAUCUUUCCGAUUUGAUUUUGUUCCUGUCUUUGUUCCUGUCUUUUUCUUUUGUCUUCUUUUACCUUUUUCUUUUUGCAUAUGUUGAGAUGAAAGAGUCUGAUGUUAUUCGAUCUAUAUAGAAGUUAAUCAAUGUAGGUAUUUGUCAAUUAUGUAUGUAUUUGUGUAUUUAAAAACCCGGGGGGCAAGGAGGGCGGUGGCCAGGUUGGGCUGGGCGCCCGCCUCUUCCCGCAGUCUCACCUUCACCUCCUCUCCGCCCGUCCGUCCGUCCCGCAGGCUGAAGGCGAAGGAGGAGGAGUGGCGAGAGGCCCAGCAGGGCUUCAACAAGAUCUGGCGGGAGCAGUACGAGAAGGCCUACCUCAAGUCCCUUGACCACCAGGCCGUCAACUUCAAGCAGAACGACACCAAGGCCCUGCGCUCCAAAAGCCUCCUCAACGAGAUUGAGAGUGUCUACGACGAGGUGGGUGCGGGGGCCUCUCAGGGCCACAUUCCCCCCUUGCAUGGGAAGCUUCAAGAGUCGGCAGCGGAGGCGCCUGCCGGAAUAUCCGGUGGCGGGGAGUUCCACAGGACAGGGCGUAUGAAACUAGAGGCUCAGUUUCUCGCCGUCAGACGGGGCGAUCUCAGCAACUGAGCUGGGCUGGGAGAGCUCGGGUGCCCCCUGAGUCACUCAGGGCUUUGCAAAGGGAUGGAGAGGAGAUGGCCGUGUCUUGGUCGUGGGGGGGGGGGGCAGCCAUUGCAGCUAGACUGGGGACUGGGAGUGGAGACCAUAUAACACCAGUCCUGAAAGACCUACAUUGGCUCCCAGGACGUUUCCAGGCACAAUUCAAAGUGUUGGUGCUGACCUUGAAAGCCCUAAACGGUCUCAAAGGCCCAGUAGACCUGAAGGAGCUGUCCAUGGAGGCGCAGGUCAGUUCUGUGUCCAGGACAGCUGUCUCCCAGCUCCAUCUGGUACGCAGGAUGAGACCCUCCCUGCCCGCAGACUGUCUGGCCAGAGUGGUGCAUGCUCUGGUUAUCUCCCGCUUGGACUACUGCCAUGCGCUCUCCGUGGGGCUACCUUUGAAGGUGACCCGGAAACAACAACUAACCCAGAAUGCGGCAGCAAGGCUGCGGACUGGGAGUGGAGACCAUAUAACACCGGUCCUGAAAGACCUACAUUGGCUCCCAGGACGUUUCCGAGCACAAUUCAAAGGGUUGGUGCUGACCUUGAAAGCCCUAAAUGACUCAGUAGACCUGAAGGAGCGUCUCCACCCCGGACACCGGGGUCCCUCUCCCGAGGGCCUUCUGGCGGUUCCCUCCCUGCGAGAAGCGAGGUUACAGCGAACCAGGCAGAGGGCCUUCUUGGUGGUGGCGCCCUCCGAUCAGAUGUCAAGGAGAUAAACAACCAUCUGGCUUUUAGAAAACGUCUAAAGGCAGCCCUGUUUAGGGAAGCUUUUAAUGUUUGAUCCUUUACUGUGUUUUUAAUAUUUAUUGGGAGCUGGAGAAACCCAUCCAGAUGGGCGGGGUAUAUAUAAUAAAAUGAUUGCAGUAAUCAUUCCCUUAAAUUGGUCCUUUUCCUGGUGUUUCUAAGCAAAGGUUCAUCCCCUUACGAUACAGGAAACCGUGCUUUCCAUUGUAUUUUAAAAUGGGGUUUCAGAGUUGUUAGGGGUGUCUGAAUGUUUUACGUUGAUUUUCAAUUUCAUUGUUCUGUAUGGGGCAACGACAAUAAAGAUAUCGUUGUCGUUAAGUCCAUCUCUCUCCCUCUCUCGAACCUCCAGCACCAAGAGCAGCACUCUGAGGGACGGGGCGCCCUGAACGAGCCGCACCUCAUCUUUGUCUACGAGGACCAGCAAAUCCUGGAGGACGCGGCCGCCCUGGUGGGCUACUACGUCAAGCGCCAGCCCACCAUCCAAAAGGAGGACCAAGCCACCAUCUGGCAGAUCGUCCACCGCUUCGUCCCCGACCUCUUCUUCUCCCAGCCCCCCGGCCACGACCCCCCGCCCCCCGCCCCGGAAGAGGCGCCCGAGGCCGGCAAGGGCAGCCCCAAGCGGCCCCCCGCCCCUCCACCGGACGCCCGCGACUUGCGCAAAAGGGCUCCCCCGGCCGAGGACAAGCCGCUGCCCCCCUCCGCCACCGCCCCGGAGGCAGCCCACGAGCUGCGGAAAAGGACGCCCCCCGCCGACGAGAAGCCCCCCGCCCCGGAGGGCCACGAGCUGCGCAAAAGGAACCCCCCUGCGCUCGCCAGGGAGAAGGGCGGCGGCGGCGGCAGCUCGGAGGGUGCAGCAGCGGCUUCUCCCCCCGCCCUGGCUGCCCCUUCCUCUGCCCGGCCGCGCCGCUCUCUGGACAACGUCUACGCGCUGUUUUUCGCCAACAACAACUGGUACUUCUUCUUGCGGCUGCACCAGACACUCUGCUCUCGGCUGCUCAAGAUCUACCGGCAGGCGCAGAAGCAGCUCCUGGAGUUCCGGGCGGAGAAGGAGAGGGAGAAGCUGCUCUGCGACGGCCGCAAGGAGAGGGCCAACGACCCGGCCAUGGAACUGCGCCUCAAGCAGCCCAGUAAGCAGGGCGGCGGGGAAGGAGGGCGCAGGGAAGGAGGGCGCGGGGAAGGAGGUCUGCGUUCGGCCAGGGACCAGGGAGAAGGUGGGCUCUCAGAUUCCGGCACCCAGCGAGGCCAGGGAGGGGGAAAGGGGGUCACGGAGGAUGUGGGAAGUGGCCUCGCCGCUCGGCCCUCCUAGCUAGAGGCGGGCGGUAAUUGCGAUUGUCCGAAACUGGUGUGGCGCUCGCUCCCGUCACGCUGGUGGCAGCUGGAGAGCUGUGACGUGGCGCCGGCUAUGAUAAUAAUGAUAAGAUUUAGUCGCGUCCGCCUCUUUGUGACCCCCUGGACCAGAGCAUGCCAGGCCCUCCUGUCCUCCACUGCCUCCCGCAGUUUGGUCAGACUCAUGUUCGUAGCUUCGAGAACACUGUCCCACCAUCUCGUCCUCCGUCGUCCCCUUCUCCUUGUGCCCUCCAUCUUUCCCAGCAUCAGGGUCUUUUCCAGGGAGUCUUCUCUUCUCAUGAGGUGGCCAAAGUCUUGGAGCCUCAGCUUCAGGAUCUGUCCUUCCCAUGAGCACUCAGGGCUGAUUUCCUUCAGAAUGGAUGGGUUGGAUCUUCUUGCAGUCCAUGGGACUCUCAAGAGUCUCCUCCAGCACCAGAAUUCAAAACAUCCAUUCUUCGGUGAUCAGCCUUCUAAUGAUAAAAUAGCCUAAUGAUAAGAUAGGCUAGCUCCUUCGGUUCCUAUUUAUUCAUGAGGAUUAGAACCUUAGCUUGCCUUUAAGGGAAGAGCUGUCCCCAAGCAGUCAAGUGUCCUCUGUGCACAGAAGGUGCCAAUCUCCAGACACGGCUGGCAGUACAACCCUAAGUCUGAUCUGAUCCGAUCCGAGGCAGUCUUCUCCCGCUGCUCGAUGGCCACACUGCCUCCCCUACCCUCCAGUCUCAAGCAAUCGCAGAAUCCUAGAGUUGUAGAUUUGGACGGGACCCCCAACGAUCAUCUAUCCCAACCCCUCCGCAGGCGCAGAAUUCCUGACGGGUGGCUGGGGAAUAGGAGCCCCGGCGUGUUGAGACGCUGGCUGCCCCAUCUCAGCACCCCACAGAGGGGUUUUGUGUCUCGUGUGUGUGCGUUCUUGCCAGGCGAAGUGGAGCUGGAGGAGUACUACCCGGCCUUCCUGGACCUGGUGCGAAACCUGCUGGACGGAAACAUCGACCCCACCCAGUACGAGGACACCCUGCGGGAAAUGUUCACCAUCCAUGCCUACGUUGGCUUCACCAUGGACAAGCUGGUGCAGAACAUCGUCCGGCAGGUACCGGCCGCCUCCUGGGGGGGCGGUAGGGGGCACUGGUGUGCAGGGGGAGGCCCUGACCCCAAGGGGGUGCUGGACAGGAGUUGCGGGGGACAGAGGCCGGCUGCAGCAGGGCCCCCUGCCCUGCUCCACACGGAGGAAGGAAGACCCCAGUGUUUGGGGGGGCCUCUGCCUAGGACACGGGUGGCGCUGUGGGUUAAACCACAGAGCCUAGGACUUGCCGAUCAGAAGGUCGGCGGUUCGAAUCCCGGUGACGGGGUGAGCUCCCAUUGUUGCUCGGUCCCUGCUCCUGCCAACCUAGCAGUUCGAAAGCACAUCCAAGUGCAAGUAGAUAAAUAGGUACCGCUCUGGCGGGAAGGUAAACGCCGUUUCCAUGCGCUGCUCUGGUUCGCCAGAAGCGGCUCAGUCCUGCUGGCCACAUGACCCGGAAGCUGUACGCCGGCUCCCUCGGCCAGUAAAGCGAGAUGAGCGCCGCAACCCCAGAGUCGGCCACGACUGGACCUAAUGGUCAGGGGUCCCUUUACCCUUUACCUUGCCUAGGACUUUCAAAUCACAGAAUUGCAGUGUCCAAUUUUUCUGACAAAGGGUGUUUAAGGAGAGGACAGAAACCGCUGGGUUAAAAGCUGACCGGAAGCCCAGAGGUAGCGUUGUUAUCGAUUUACGCCGGGACGGAAGGUUCGCAGGCUAGGAAGGACUGGCUCACAGAUUUAUGGACAGCUGAUGGCCAGGAAGUGGAAGGGGCAAGCAGACGAUGAAAUAGAAGAAUGGUAUAAAGAGGUGUGGGAUAUAUAGCUAUUAAUGAUCUAUUAACAUGCGCUGUUAAGGUAAGGUGCGGAGCAUGCAGCAGAAAUGAUUUGAGGAGGUAUGGAGGGUGUUUGAAGAAUUUGCACUAAUAGUAAUAAUAAUACCUGAUAAUGGUCACUGAUUGUAUUACUUGGGCAGCCUGGAUAUUCUUUUGUGAUGGUUAAUACUUCAGUUCCUGAAUCCAGGUCACAGGCUCACCCUAUUCAUACACAAAUGCGCCUGUAAGACAGGAUUUGCAAGCAAUAAUAAUGAUGAUGAUGAUUUAUUAUUUAUACCCCGCCCAUCUGGCAAUGGGAAGGCUUUCCCCACUUGCAGAAGAAUAUUUGAGGUCAUUGGGAGAGUCCAAAUGGCUUCAGGAUUGCUCCCCUGUACUAUUCCGGGUGCAUGGUUCAUACGUUUAGAUAUGUGUACGUUUAAGAGGUUUUAUUCUGCAUUUGAGACCUUAAAAUCCUGACCACGUCCCCCUGGCUCCAGCUGCACCACCUGGUGAGCGACGACGUCUGCCUGAAGGUGGUGGAGCUCUACCUGGGCGAGCGGAAGCGAGGGGCGGCCGGCGGCAACCUGUCCUCCCAGUGCGUCCGGGCGGCCAAGGAGACCAGCUACCAGUGGAAGGCGGAGCGGUGCAUGGCGGACGAGAAUUGCUUCAAGGUGCGGCACCCUCCACCCUCUGCGGCUCGGCUUGCCCGGAAGUGGGGGGUCGGCCACGCUGGGGGUUUGGGGAGAGACCCCUUGAACGCUGCUUGUGGCCGGAGCCCAUGUGUGUGACCCCCUGCCUCGCCUCCCCGCAGGUGAUGUUCCUUCAGCGGAAGGACCAAGUGAUCAUGACCAUCGAACUGCUGGAUACGGAGGAGACCCAGACAGAAGACCCCCUGGAAGUCCAGGUGAUUCCCGGCCUCCCUAUCACGCGCGCCGUGAGAUUCCUCCCUGAUGGGGGUGCGGACCCCGCGGCCGGUUGCGUCUGUCUGCAGGCAUCGCGUCCCAAUGGGUGGGCCGCAAACCACAGCCAGCCUCCCUUGCACUUCUCUGCUGCUCUUGGGAAGACCGAAAACAACAAGGAGAACAAUUUUAUUAUUUAUACCCCACCCAUCUGGCUGGGUUGGGCCCGGUUUAGCUUGGCAGCUGCAAUCUCUGGUUUUGUAUUACAGCCGCAAGCCCUGGUUUAGUGUGGCAGCUGCAAUCCCUGGUUUAGUGGCAGCCGCAAUCCCUGGUUUAGUGUGGCAGCCGUAAUCCCUGGUUUAGUGGCAGCCGCAAGCCCUGGUUUAGUGUGGCAGCCGCAAGCCCUGGUUUAGUGUGGCAGCUGCAAUCUCUGGUUUUGUAUUACAGCCGCAAGCCCUGGUUUAGUGUGGCAGCCGUAAUCCCUGGUUUAGUGUGGCAGCCGCAAGCCCUGGUUUAGUGGCAGCCGUAAUCCCUGGUUUAGUGUGGCAGCCGCAAGCCCUGGUUUAGUGGCAGCCGUAAUCCCUGGUUUAGUGUGGCAGCCGCAAGCCCUGGUUUAGUGUGGCAGCCGCAAUCCCUGGUUUAGUGGCAGCCGUAAUCCCUGGUUUAGUGUGGCAGCCGCAAGCCCUGGUUUUGCAUUAUAGCUGCAAGCCCCAGUUUAGCGUGGCAGCCGCUACAGCCCCACAGGUCUCCAGCUCGUGCCCCCACCCCCAAACCUCUGAGUGUCGCUCUCCCCUUUGCUUCCUGCCUUUUCCUCUCUCCUCCAGCACUUGGCCAACUACGUUGAGCAGUACGUGGGGGUGGAGGGGACCCUCAGCGGCCAGAACGAAGGCUUCCUCCUAAAACCCGUCUUUCUGCAGAGGUGAGGGACCCUCCGGCGCACGAGGGGGGCGGGUCUCGCUCCCACCUCCAGAGCAGGGAUUUGGGGUGGGCAAAGAUGGCACCCCUCACUCCCUCCUGCCUCUCUCCUGCCCCCCAGGAACCUGAAGCAGUUCCGGCGCUGGCAGUGCGCCCAGGUGCAGGCCGCCCGAGACAAGGCCCGGGGCUCCUGGAAGCAGCUGGUGGGGGUGGAAAGCGCCUGCAACGUGGACUGCAAGUUCAAGCUCAACACGCACCGAAUGCUCUUCGUCAUGAAUGCGGAGGAUUACAUGUACCGGCGGGGGGCCCUGGGCCGCGCCAGGCAGGUGGGUCUCAAGGGGGGCUAUUUCCAUUUACCUUUACAGUCUCAACUAGGGCAGGGCCUUUUCAGUACUGGCCCCGACUUGGUGGAACGCUCUGUCCCAAGAGACCAGGGCCCUGCGGGACUUGACAUCUUUCCGCAGGGCCUGCAAGACAGAGCUGUUCCGCCUGGCCUUUGGUUUGGACUCAGUCUGACCCUUGUGUUUCCCUCCCCUUACGGUCUUGAUCUAUGGGCUACUAUUAAAAUGAGGCUGCGUUUUAAAUUUUAACCCGUAUUUUAAAUUGGUCUCCCCCCCCCUUAUGUUUUUACUGUAAUUUAACUGGUGUGAGCUGCCCUGAGCCCGGCUCUGGCCAGGGAGGGCGGGGUAUAAAUACAAAAUUAUUAUUGUUAUUUACCUUGGCUCCCGAACAAAUCGGCUCCCAAACGCCGAAAACCAGGAAGGCAGCGUUCCGGUUUAAGAACGCUUUUCGGAAGCCGAACGUCCGACGCGGCUUCCGGUUGGGUACAGCCAAUCGGAAGCCGUGCCUCGGUUGCCGAACCGUUCCGGAAGCUGAACGGACUCCCGGAACGGAUUACGUCCGACAACCUCUGUAUAAAAUUUACAUGCAGGUCUUUGGGUAUUAUUAUUAAGUUUAUAUACCGCCCUAUACCUGGAAGUCUCAGGGCAGUUCACAGAAAAGACCACAACCUAUAUAACGGGUCAGCAAACCUUUUCAGCAGGGGGCCGGUCCACUGUCCCUCAGACCUUGUGGGGGGCCGGACGUUUGGAAAAUGUCCCAAACCGCUGUAAAUACCUGGUGAUAGCAUCCCACGGGCGGGGAGCCACCACAGAAAAGGCCCUGUUCUGGACCUCUGGAGAAAAGGUACAAAGAGGAGAAGGACCUCGGGUGGUGAGCUCAGAUCCAGCUCCCCGGCUCCAGGGGGCCGAUUUCCGCCGGUGACCCUCCCUCCCUCUCUCUCUCUCUGGCCAGGCGCAGCCGUCGGUCUUGCUGCGCUACCACCGGCGCUUUGAGGCCUGGCACCUGGGCUGGCUGAGCCGGCACGCCGGGCGCGAGGCGUCGGAGCUGGUCCAGGACUGGCUGAUGGGCGACGACGACGAGGACCUGCUGCCCUGCAAGACCACCUGCGAGACGGUCAGCGUCCACGGCGUCCCGGUCAACCGCUACCGCGUCCAGUACAGCCGCCAGCCGGCCUCCCCCUGAACCUCUUCCCUCCUUCCUUCCCUCUGGCCGGCGGGGGGGCAGCCAGCCCACCCCUGGUAUUUAUCCGACCAGCUUUGCGGGGGGCAAGUGUCGUUUUCUCCGUUUGGUUUGUGACUUUGGGGGACGGGGGGCGGUUCGUUUGGGGCGCCCUCCCUGCGUGGCACGGGACGGACGGACGGGUCUUUCCAGAGCUCUCCAGGCCUCGGACUGCUUUGUUUUGGCCCAGGAGAGGGGGGCAAGGAUGUGAACGGCAAGGAGGGACCCAGGAGACUGUUUUGGGUGCCCUCCCCACGUGACACUGGGGGGGGUGCGGGGGUUUGGCAAUGCCCAGAGCUCUCCAGGCCUCGGACUGCUUUGUUUUGGCCGGAGAUGGCAAGGAGAGACCCAGGAGAGAAAACUCGGAGCCCCCACCGCCACCGCCAGGCCUUUCUCCCGACCCCCCCAGCCCCAUCGGUCACUGUACGGUGAGCACUUCCUAUCGCCCAAACGCGAGGCCUUGUGAGAAGCAAAGGGGGCUUUCCUUUCUACGCCCCCCCUUCCCACCCCACGGACUGCGUGGCCUUUUUGGUGCAAAAAAAAAAAGUGUCCUCUUGUGUGCGUCUGGUGGCUUGGGGGGGCGCGGGUGGCCGAGCCCACCUGGAAGGGGGGGGUCGUCUCCCGCCGUGGGCACUUUGUGGACCAUCCCGGCUGUGGGUUUUUAUGGGGGGGGGGGGACAAGAUCAAGGGGCUUCUCCUCCUCCCACCACCUCCAAGACGCUCCAGGGGUUUAUUUCUUGGGGUCCCAAAGUGGGGGGAGGCCAUUGCCCUGAGUGGUUUCUUUGGGGGGGGGCUUGGUUUCUCCGUUUCCUUUGCGAGAUAAUCUGGGGGGGGACGGGACUCUGUUGUCCUUUUAUUUCUCUCUCUCUCUGCUCCCCCCCUCCAAAUUUGGCAACAAAAGACACACUUGUGCGUGUGGUUUUUGGGGGUCUGCCCCUCCUCUCCCCUCUCUCCCUCCAAUCACUGCCAAGGAAUGGAAAACACCCCCCCAAGGAAAUUGAUUGGUUCAAACCUCCCCUCCAAAAAAUACCAGACCCCCCUUCACCCUCCUUGGACUCCAGGAAGGCUCUCCCCCCAAUCCCCAUAUCUCCCCCCCAUACCUGCUAUUCUCCCAAGCGGGGGGCGGGGGGGACCGACUGUGCCAAAAUCUCUCUUAACGAAACGAUGACUUAAAUGGUAGCUUUGUGGCUUAACGUGUCGUUUUUCUUUUCUUUCUUUUUUUAAUUGGGGGGCCAUUGUGAGGUUUGUAGGGGGGCGAGAAACCCUCCUCUACCCAGCUCCCCCCCCCCACUCUUCCUACUGGCCAUAUUUCUUCAUCCCAUUGUUUUUAAAAAUAAAUAAAUAAACCCAAUUUAAUUUAUAAUCUGGGCGGGCAAAGCGUCCAUCUCUCCGGGGGGGGGGGGGCGUCAGCAAGGCAACGGGGGGGGGGGCUUCCGGAAGCCGGGAAAGAUCUGUCCGUAGCAGAGAACGCGAGAGACAAUGCUUCUGGGGUUUUUUCCUUCUAAAUUUCAAUUUUUAUUUCAUCUCCGAAGGAUCUCUCUUCCUUCUCUUCUUCCUCUAUCCCACCCCCCCACCGCACCCCCCCCCGGCUUCCUCCCGCCUUUGUAUUUGCUUUUGCCAACUCUUUGA